AUGAGGUUGGAAGCCUCACCUCACGCCCUGUUUCAGGAUCAGGGUAGAAUCACCUAUGGCAUGCUGCGACGCGUAUUCGGGGGCCUUAAGGUAUUGUACGGUACGAUGCGCAAGUGUGGCUCAAGAGUCAAAACAUGGAUGGAUCUCUUCGCCGAGGGUUUUUUUUUAAAAAAAAAAUUCUACACUAUCAACUACCGCCUCACUGUGAAAGGUUUGCGACAAUCGGCUAGGUCAGGCGCGCGUAGUACUUGCGACGCAAAUCCAUCGCAUGGAAUACAUGGAAUGCACCUGACAGCUGGGAACAAACAAAAGCCCGCCACGGUGGUUCUUCCAGAAAGACAUGGACGUCUGUCGCUGUCGCUGUUGCUGUCACUGUCACUGGCAUUACCAACACAUGCACCCUUGUAUGAGUACUCUGAACCGCCAUCCAGAAUAGAGUACCACCACUCCAUCAAGCAAACAUCCAUCGACUCAUCGACUCGUCACCUUUCAGCCUUCGCGCACGACCGGUACUUAGGAGUACUGUACACAGUACUUGCAUCAAGCUUUCCCCACCCGCCACUCGCGCAGUGUGGCUGUGCACGUCCGAUCCACUCCGAUCACGCGGAACAAGACGUCAUUCGCCUGCCAGUCCUCGCGGCUAGAAGAUCCGGCGCCGAGACGGUCGAAGCGCGCUUUCCAAGGUUACCUAAGCCUUCCGCCAAUGUAGAUAAUCCCCAGCUGCUGUCUCACACACACGCUCUCUUUCUCUCUCUCUUGGCCUUCUUCCAACACGAUCAAGUACAUCUUCAUUGUACUUCUUCACAUCCCCAAUUAGGCCCAGCCCACACAAAACAGAUGGGAGAACCUGACGACCCUUCUUUACAUAGUGUCAAGUCCAAGGCAGCAAUUGCACUUGGCUUGGGACGAAACAAAGACACCCAGCCCGUCUUACCGACCCACAACCCUCCCACCGCUCACCCAGGCCUGAAUCCUGGUGACUUGGGCGAGAAAACAUCCGCAGACCGCAAUGCUCCCCAAAACGCUGCCAACAAUGGCCUCGAGGAUACCGUGGCCAAAGGAGAUGCGUCUUCCGCCAUAGGAUCUGACAAGCUCCCGCUGUGGUCUGCCACGCGGAUCAAGAACGGAUCCUUGAGAUUUCUCACCCAUACCAAGAAUGCCCUUAUCCACAGCUGGAUCAACCUCCUCUUGGUGUUUGUCCCGCUUGGUAUCGCCGUUAAACUGGCGAAACUCACGCCCGCCGUCGUCUUUUCGAUGAACGCCAUCGCCAUUAUCCCCCUGGCAGGCUUGCUUGCACAUGCGACCGAAGUGGUCGCCGCACGCGUCGGAGACACUCUUGGUGCACUACUCAACGUCUCAUUCGGAAAUGCAGUCGAGUUGAUUCUCUUCAUCAUCUUGCUCGCAUCCGAUCAGAUCGAGGUCGUGCAGGCCUCGCUGCUAGGCUCCAUUCUGGCCAAUUUGCUCUUGAUUCUGGGCAUGGCCUUCCUGCUCGGAGGCCUCAAGUACCAAGAGCAAGUUUACAACAAUACAGUCACGCAGAUGAGUGGUGUCAUGCUCGCACUUGCUGUCAUGAGUCUACUUCUACCCACAGCUUUCCACGCGGCCUUCAACGAUAACGCCAUUGCUGACCACGAGACACUUGCUGUCAGCCGGGGCACCAGCGUCAUCUUGCUGCUGGUCUACGGCCUCUACCUUCUCUUCCAGCUUAAAAGCCAUCGCUACUUAUAUGCCAGUACUCCUCAGCACAUCAUCGAUGAGGAGUCACAUCCCGGUGUACUUGCCGGUGCUUUCGAUUCAUCCAGCUCAGAAUCUUCAUCAGAAUCUAGCAGUAGCGAAACCGAUGGCUCCAUCGAUUCCUCUCAUGGCACUAUGAAGAAGGCGAGACGCAUAGUCAAAAGGCUGCGACGCAAGUCAAGCGCCAGCUCGAAAGAGGAAGGCGCCUUGCCACCCACCUCUUCUCCAUUCACAGACGACCAUAACAGUCCGCUCGAAUCUGAGAGAAACAAUAGUGUCGCUACUGUUUGUGGUGGAACACGGCUGGAUUCACGCCGUCACUCCAUCGAUGUCAUGAGUGGCGAUGAAGCUGACAGCAGCCAAUACACACCUGUUAUUCGUGAUUUUGAGGCAGCCUCAAACACUUCGCAUUCGAAAACGAUCAAGGAAAAACGAAAACGCAAGAGUGAAAAGAAGAAGGAUCGUCGUAACCGUAACCAUGAGCCUAUCGCUGAAGAAAAGCUGACCGAACCUUCGCCGAGCGUCACUUUUGUCGAACCUCCUCCGUCCAACACUCCCACCCCAGCUACAUCACGCUACCGUCCUGGCCUACCUUCUCUCCUGUCGAAUAAUGUCUUCUCCAAUCCCCAGAAUGUGCCUAACGGACCGGCCCCAAAUAUUCGUAUGGCCGCUCCCCGAGCCGCACCUCUUCGUCGCGCAAAAUCUAUGCCAAAUCAACUACAUCGCGAAGGCUCAUCACCAAGUACGGUUCAUCGCCCGGCUGUAUCUCCUCAAGCAGCCAUGACGCUCAUUAGCAAGAACGAUGAAGACGAAGAAGCUCCCGAAAUGUCGAUCAAGGCUGCCAUCUUCAUGCUUCUCAUCAGCACUGGGCUUGUCGCUGUUUGUGCCGACUUCAUGAGUGACGCCAUCGAGCCUAUGGUUGAGACAUCUAGUAUUAGUCAAGCUUUUAUUGGUCUCAUCAUUCUGCCCAUUGUCGGUAACGCAGCCGAGCACGUCACAGCCGUAACCGUCGCCAUGAAGAACAAGAUGGAUUUGUCCAUCGGCAUCGCUGUCGGUUCAUCAAUCCAGAUCGCAUUGUUCAUCACACCUGUCAUUGUCAUACUCGGCUGGUGCAUGGGAAAAGAGAUGACUCUCUAUUUCAACAUUUUCGAGACAGUGGCUUUGUUCGUCACCGUACUGAUCUGUAACUUUUUGGUCUUGGACGGCAGAAGUAAUUACCUUGAAGGCAGUUUGCUCAUUGCGGCGUACAUCAUCAUCGCACUAGCUGCUUUCUUCUAUCCUGAUGGAUGUGAGGCUAGUGCAAUUGGUGGCAAUGAGCAGCGUUGCCCUGGUACCCCGGAUCUUGCGCAUGUAGCGCAGGCCAUGGUGAAAAGGAUGCUGAGUCCGUAA